CAGCAUUCAGUAUAUGCGGAUGACUUGACAUUACAAAGCAGCUCACGUUGUGAGACGACAGAGGUGCCAGAUUUCGCUGAAAGAAGAUAAGAAGCAAUGUCUACUCAAAGUGCAAAGAAAAGACUUGGUUCACGUCGCCGAGGAGCAAAACAAAAUGAAAUCUCUAAGAAUGAUGAGUUCCAUGUAACCGACAAUACCUUUGUAGCUGAGUGUGACAUACCAGAAGAAAAUACUGAAUCAUUAAAUGUACUUGCUAAGCCUGACAAUUCAACAACUGAAAUACAACCUCCACCUUCGCCUGAACUCUCAAGCAACAGAAGAAAACUGGGGUCUCGUCGAAGAAAUAAACUCCUGCCUUUUGAGGAUUCUGCGACUGAAUCGUACCAUGAACCUAUUGAGGAAGUUGAGGAAAAAACAAGGGUAAAGGAAACUACAGUUACAAAACAAAUGUCACUUGCAAUACAAUCUGAGAAGCAGGAAGUAUUUAUUCAAGGGACUGACCAUGAGUCUACAACACAUGAAGACUAUUUUUAUUUAGCCGCUACACCUAAAGUUCAGUACGCUACUACAAAAAACUGUCCAAAUGCUGACCUGGAAAGUUUAAUUCCCAAAAUUGAAAAUCUGCAAGCAGACCUAGAUGACAAUGAGUCUGUGCUUUCAUGUCCAGGAGUAGAUCAGCAACUCAUUGACCAAUUAAAUUUCAGGCAAAUGCCUGAAGAAAAACGUUCCAAUGUGCAUUCUGUAACAGAAAAAGAGUGCAAGAAAAGAGACAACAACACAGAAUUGUUGAGGAAGGAUGGAAAUUUACAGGGCAACUAUUUGGUGAGUGAGUCACAUGUAGAAUCAGUAGCUAUGCAUUUUAGUACCACACCGGAGAUAACCACAGAAAAAAUAAGCCCAAGAGAAAAUACUGAAAUUGAACAAGCAACAAUUUCAUCACCAAAAGAGGAGUUCCCUACAGAUGAGAAAAAAAAUCAGCAUUCAAAUUUAUUUGAAGUAAAAUGCGCUCAUCGUUCCGAGGAUGCUGUAAACAACGUGCAUGAACAGGAAGUUAAGCCAACACAGAUUAAAGAAAUGCCUCAAAUUGAUGACUCAUCUGAAAGUGUGAUACACGAUGCCACAGGAAAUUCUAAAAUCAUUUCUGGAAACUUGACAGAUAAAACAGAAGUCAGUGACACAUACCAGUCUGAGUUAAUUGUUAAAAGAACUGAUGAGUUUCCUAUCAAUCAGGACAUUUCAAUUUCUGACGACAAACAGGAUGAGCAUUCUAAAAAAGAAAGCAACUUUGAAGCUGUAGAGCAGAAAAACAAGGCUUAUUAUGUAUCUGAUACCGAGAAUCCACAAAUCAGCAACAUAGAAGGAGUAGACACUGCACUAGGUCAGGUAUAUGAGACUGAAGGCAGAGUACAGGAUGAAACAAAACCCAGUGCUGAACACACAGGUCAUCAGGAGAAAGAAGGACUCUUCUCUGAAAUGGAAGAAAGUGAAUUCUCCUUACAAGCCCUGCAAUCAGAAAUAAAUGCUCCUUUUGACUCUCAACCUCAGCAUAAUGACAUCAACCUCAACUCAUUUGGGAACAGAAGAAAACUGGGGUCUAGCCGAAAAAAUAAAGGAAGACAGCGUGUCAAGGACUCUGUUGCUGAAUCAUACCACAAACCUGCAGAGGAAGUUGUUGGUGAUACCAUGGAUAAUGAACCCCUUGAAACAACAGAAAUGUCGUUAUCAGUAGAGACCGCAGUAAAGGAAAAAUCAAUGGAAACUAUGCUGGAAGAAAUGGAUCAAUUUGACAUUGCUCAGACCGAAGAUGUUUGUGAUCAAGUAAAAGAAAAUGCACUUGUUGGCGGUGACUUACAUUCAAGUUUAACAGUAGAUCAGCAGAUGAUCGACCAAUCAAAUUCCACAGAGAUGCCAGAGGAGGAACUUUCUAAUGUGUGUUUUGUAAAAGAAGAAAACAAGGAAGGAGACGACGACACAGAAUUGUUCAGGCAGGAUGGACAUUUACAGACCCACUACUUGGUGAGUGAGUCCUGUGUGAAAUCAGAAGAUAUAGAUUAUUCUAAUACACCAGAGAUAACCACAGAUAAACACAACUCCAAAGAGCAUACAGAACCUCAAUGCAGUGUUGAACAAGCAAUAUGUUUGUCAACAAAGAGGGAGUUGCCCACAAAUGACGGACAAAUUGAGAUUUUAAACUUAUCUGAAGACAAAGGGGCUCAUCAGUCAGAGGAUUCUUUAAACGAACUGCAUGAACAGGAGAUUACGCCAACAGAAAUGCAUGAAGUGCCUCAAAUUGAUGACUUAUCUGAAAGUGUGAAAGAUGAUGCCACAGAUAAUUCUGAAAUCAUUUCUGGAAACUUGGCAGACCAAACUGAAGUCAGUGACACAUACCAAUGUGAGUUAAUUGUGAAAAGUACUGAUUAUUCUCCUACCAAUCAGGAACUCUCAAUUCCUGACAAACACGAUAAUCAUCCUACAAAAGAAAACAACUUUGAGGCUUCAGAGCAGAAAAAUAAGGAUUGUCAUGUAUAUGGUACCAAGAAACCACAGAUCAGCGACAUAGAAAGACUAGACACUGUCCUAGAUCAGGUAUAUGAGAUUGAAGACCAAGUUGAGGCUGAUAUAAAACCCGGUGCUGAACACACAGGUCAUCAGGAGAAAGGACUCUUCUCUGAAAUGGAAGAAAGUGAAUUCUCCUUACAAGCCCUGCAAUCAGAAAUAAAUGCUCCUUUUGACUCUCAACCUCAGCAUAAUGACACCAGCCUCAACUCAUUUGGGAACAGAAGAAAACUGGGGUCCAGCCGAAAAAAUAAAGGAAGACAGCUUGUCAAGGACUCUGUUGCUGAAUCAUACAAUGUACACAAAAAAGACAUGGAAAGUACCAGGGAUAUUGAAGCCUUCCAAACAGGACAAAUUCAAUCAAGUCAGAGGAGUGAGAGUUAUAUCAAGCCUGCAACACAUGACAGCUCUUUGUAUACAGCCUAUAUGCCCGGUUAUUCUUCUGACGUCCAAGGCCCCACUACAACAAGCUAUCCAGAGGCUGAUCUAGAAAGUUUAAAUAAUAAAAGUGAAAAUCCUCAAGAUGAUCAUGAUGAAAGAGGGAAUGACUUUAAAGUGGAGGUGUCUGAUAAAUCAGUGGGAUCCACCCUAGAAGGAACAGACCAAUCUGACACUCUUCAGAGUCAAGAACUCACAGGCGCUCAUAAUUUAGAAGAUGCUGUAAAUACAGUGCACAAACAGGAGGUUAAGCCAACCGAAAUGCAAGAAAUGCCUCAAAUUGAUUUCGCAUCUGAAAGUGUGAUACAUGAUGCCACAGAAAAUUCUGAAAUAAUUUCUGGAAACCUGGCAGACCAAACUGAAGUCAGUGACACAUACCAAUGUGAGUUGAUUGUGAAAAGGACUGGUGAUUCUCCUACCAGUCAGAAAAUUUCAAAUUCUGACAAACAGGAUGAACAUCCUACAAAAGAAAACAACUUUGAGUCCUUAGAGCGGAAAAAUGAGGAUUGUCAUUUUUAUGAUAUCAAUGAACCACAGAUCAGCCACAUAGAGAGAGUAUAUACUGCACCAGGUCAGGUAUAUGAGACUGAAGGCAGAGUACAGGAUGAAACAAAACCCAGUGCUGAACACACAGGUCAUCAGGAGAAAGAAGGACUCUUCUCUGAAAUGGAAGAAAGUGAAUCCUCCUUACAAACCCUGCAAUCAGAAAUAAAUGCUCCUUUUAACUCCCAACCUCAGCAUAGCGACACCGGCUUCAACCCCAUUGGGAACAGAAGAAAACUGGGGUCUAGCCGAAAAAAUAAAGGAAGACAGCAUGUCAAGGACUCUGUUGCUGAAUCAUACCACGAACCUGCAGAGGAAGUUGUUGGUGAUACCAGGGAUAAUGAACCCCUUGAAACAACAGAAAUGUCGUUAUCAGUAGAGACCGCAGUAAAGGAAAAAUCAAUGGAAACUAUGCUGGAAGAAAUGGAUCAAUUUGACACUGCUCAGACUGAAGAUGUUUGUGAUCAAGUAAAAGAAAAUGCAAUUGUUGGCGGUGACUUACAUUCAAGUUUAACAGUAGAUCAGCAGAUGAUCGACCAAUCAAAUUCCACAGAGAUGCCAGAGGAGGAACUUUCCAAUAUGUGUUUUGUAAAAGAAGAAAACAAGGAAGGAGACGACGACACAGAAUUGUUCAGGCAGGAUGGACAUUUACAGAUCCACUACUUGGUGAGUGAGUCCUGUGUGAAAUCAGAAGAUAUAGAUUAUUCUAAUACACCAGAGAUAACCACAGAUAAACACAACUCCAAAGAGCAUACAGAACCUCAAUGCAGUGUUGAACAAGCAAUAUGUUUGUCAACAAAGAGAGAGUCGCCCACAAAUGACGGACAAACUGAAAUUUUAAACUUAUCUGAAGACAAAGGGGCUCAUCAGUCAGAGGAUUCUUUAAACGAACUGCAUGAACAGGAGAUUACGCCAACAGAAAUGCAUGAAGUGCCUCAAAUUGAUGACUUAUCUGAAAGUGUGAUACAUGAUGCCACAGAAAAUUCUGAAAUCAUUUCUGGAAACCUGGCAGUCAGUGACACAUACCAAUGUGAGUUGAUUGUGAAAAGGACUGGUGAUUCUCCUACCAGUCAGAAAAUUUCAAAUUCUGACAAACAGGAUGAACAUCCUACAAAAGAAAACAACUUUGAGUCCUUAGAGCGGAAAAAUGAGGAUUGUCAUAUUUAUGAUAUCAAGGAACCACAGAUCAGCCACAUAGAGAGAGUAUAUACUGCACUAGGUCAGGUAUAUGAGACUGAAGGCAGAGUACAGGAUGAAACAAAACCCAGUGCUGAACACACAGGUCAUCAGGAGAAAGAAGGACUCUUCUCUGAAAUGGAAGAAAGUGAAUUCUCCUUACAAGCCCUGCAAUCAGAAAUAAAUGCUCCUUUUGACUCUCAACCUCAGCACAAUGACACCAGCCUCAACUCAUUUGGGAACAGAAGAAAACUGGGGUCCAGCCGAAAAAAUAAAGGAAGACAGCUUGUCAAGGACUCUGUUGCUGAAUCAUACAAUGUACACAAAAAAGACAUGGAAAGUACCAGGGAUAUUGAAGCCUUCCAAACAGGACAAAUUCAAUCAAGUCAGAGGAGUGAGAGUUAUAUCAAGCCUGCAACACAUGACAGCUCUUUGUAUACAGCCUAUAUGCCCGGUUAUUCUUCUGACGUCCAAGGCCCCACUACAACAAACUAUCCAGAGGCUGAUCUAGAAAGUUUAAAUAAUAAAAGUGAAAAUCCUCAAGAUGAUCAUGAUGAAAGAGAGAAUGACUUUAAAGUGGAGGUGUCUGAUAAAUCAGUGGGAUCCACCCUAGAAGGAACAGACCAAUCUGACACUCUUCAGAGUCAAGAACUCACAGGCGCUCAUAAUUUAGAAGAUGCUGUAAAUACAGUGCACAAACAGGAGGUUAAGCCAACCGAAAUGCAAGAAAUGCCUCAAAUUGAUUUCACAUCUGAAAGUGUGAUACAUGAUGCCACAGAAAAUUCUGAAAUAAUUUCUGGAAACCUGGCAGACCAAACUGAAGUCAGUGACACAUACCAAUGUGAGUUGAUUGUGAAAAGGACUGGUGAUUCUCCUACCAGUCAGAAAAUUUCAAAUUCUGACAAACAGGAUGAACAUCCUACAAAAGAAAACAACUUUGAGUCCUUAGAGCGGAAAAAUGAGGAUUGUCAUAUUUAUGAUAUCAAGGAACCACAGAUCAGCCACAUAGAGAGAGUAUAUACUGCACCAGGUCAGGUAUAUGAGACUGAAGGCAGAGUACAGGAUGAAACAAAACCCAGUGCUGAACACACAGGUCAUCAGGAGAAAGAAGGACUCUUCUCUGAAAUGGAAGAAAGUGAAUCCGCUUUACAAACCCUGCAAUCAGAAAUAAAUGCUCCUUUUGACUCUCAACCUCAGCAUAAUGACAUCAGCCUCAACUCAUUUGGGAACAGAAGAAAACUGGGGUCUAGCCGAAAAAAUAAAGGAAGACAGCAUGUCAAGGUCUCUGUUGCUGAAUCAUACCACGAACCUGCAGAGGAAGUUGUUGGUGAUACCAGGGAUAAUGAACCCCUUGAAACAACAGAAAUGUCGUCAUCAGUAGAGACAGCAGUAAACGAGAGAGAGCAUACAGAACCUCAAUGCAAUGUUGAACAAGCAAUAUUGUUGUCACCAAAGGAGGAGUUGUCUACAAGUGAGGAACAAAAAGAGCAUGUGAACUUAUCUCAAGUCAGAGGAGCUCGGCAUUCAGAGGAUGCUGUAAAUGAAGUGCAUGAAGAGGAGGGCAAGCCAACACAAAUGCAUCAAACUGAUAACUUCUCAGUAAAGGAAAGUCUACAAACACUGCAUUCAGAAAUGAAUGCUCCUUUGGACUCCCAACCUUUUGACAGUUAUCAGAGUAUCAAAGGGCAAACUCCCACAGGCUUCAACCCCACAGGGAACAGAAGGAAAUUUGGGUCAAACCGAAAAAAUAAAGGACUGCAGGUCAAGGACACAACAAAAAUUCCAUUGGUAACGGAGACAAUGAGGCAGGAAGAAUUAAAAGAGCAAACCAACCUAGACUUCAAACCUGCUGGGGAAAUAAGACAAUUUAGAUCAACUGUAAAUGCCGAAGACAAGAUGUCGGAGGAAGGCACAAUUUUGUCACAGAAUGUGAUGGACAGCAGUACAAUUGUGACAAUAGACAUUCCUUCAAGCUCAGGCAAAGAUGACUUUGUCAAAUCCAAGGAAGAUAAUGAGACGGAAAAUAAACUCAGAAAAGAGACUGAGAAUCUAAGUCAGCUUACAGGAUGUGACACGGUUAAAAUGGACUUGAUACAAUCACCAAACAUCUCAAUUUGGAAAGAUGAUUCUGCCAUACAGAAUAUCUCAUAUCAUGAUGAAAAUGUCACCACCAGGCCAAUCGCUGAAGAUGUUCUUGAGCAAGAAGGAGCCUUUCAGGUCCAUGACACGGAAGCUUUAUCUUGUGACAAAGAAAUUAAUAUGCAACAGACAAAUGAUACAUCACAAAUUGUUGGAGAUGUCACAAUAAAAGCCUAUAAUUCAGGAGCGGAGAGUUCAAUGUGUGUACAAGUUUCUAGACAGGAUAAAGAUGGAAAACAAUUUGAAGAUCCUACAAAGAAAGACCAUGAAGCCCAAGAAAUGAAUGUUUCACAGGUGAUCACACAUGCUGAACUGUUUUCUGUUUCACAAAACAAAACUGACACUUUGGCUCCAUUUGACAUUGGUCUUGAAGAAAACAUCCAAGCAGAGCCAGCUGGGGAUGUGUCUGAGGAAAGUGGAAUUUCCAGCCAACAACGGAUACAAGAAAAAACUAAUUUAGAUGACGGUGAAAAUUUGCAAGGAAGAUCCAAACAGAAAAGGAGAAAAAUGGGAUCUACUCGCCGGACUCAACUCAAUAGGAAACCAGAGGAAAAGAGAGGUGAAACAAAAGAAAGUGGCUUUAACACAGAAGCAGACAUGAGAAAUGUUGACAAGAUGGAAGCAGUCGAGGAUUUACAAAUGAUUGUAACUGCAGAGGUGUUACAGAAUGAACAUGCAAAGCCAUCACUGAGUCCUAAGAAUAAAGAACAACAUGAAACCGUAGAUUAUUCAAAUACUGUCCUUACUGAGCUAUCUGCCUCCCACAAUAAAGAAGUUGUUAAUCCUGUUAAAUUUGUUCAUGUAUCUGAUGUAAGGGACAGUGAGAGUAAUGUAGAUGUCAGUGUGGAACCAUCACAGCUAGAUGAUUUUACCACCACUGAGAUGCACAUCACCUCUGUGCUCGCUGGAAGAAAUUCAAUAAAUCCACUGCUGUCUGCAAAUACGGAAGACACUACAAACACUGGUAUCACAGGGGGGAGCUUUGUGUCUUUAUGUGAGACCACACAGAGUGCACAAAUCGAUGAGAAAUGGCCAGAGAGUGUAAACGUAAUAAAUGAACAAGCUUUGAAAUCAGCAGAUGAGCCUGUUGUGGCAGAUUUGGAAACAGGGAAAUCUGUAGUCAGAGGAGGAGCUGAAGAAGAGCAUGUGAGUGCCCAGGCUAGUAAACAAGAGCCAGACGAAGCAAAUGAAGGAGCUCACACUAAAAAUCUCGAGAUGAAGAAUGCAAAUUUAGAUUCAACCAACAAGAGAAGAAAGAUGGGCAGCACCCGCAAAAGUCUCGCAUCACGGACAAAACGGGAAGACUUGUAUGAAAAACAAGAAGAGGAUAAUGAGGCAACAGAGGUUGCAAAUAUUGUUGGAGUUGUAAAGACUGAAAGUUUCUCAGGCAACAUAGGUGUGCUGCAACUUCACAAAGACAGUGGCUCUGAGCAAAACAAAGAAAAGGAAUUUGAAACCAGUGAGUCUUACUUCAAACCUCACCAGACAUUUGAAGAAAAUCCUGUUUCUCAUGGUCAACUAGUAGAAACAGAGCAUCAACUAACUCCCAGUUAUCUCCCUGCAAUACUAUCCACUUCUCCCAAACACGAUUUAAUGUCAGAAUCAGCAUCUAGUAGGAAAAGAAGAAAAAUGGGAUCUCACCGAAAGUCACAUGGACACCAAAACAAUGAAAACCAAACAGCAAGAGAGGACAAAAUAACUGAUGCACAAAAUGGGAGAGAUGUCAGAAGUAUCACAGAUGAAAGUGCCAACAAGACAACUGAAGAGCUGAGGGAAGAAUCUUUGGGCCCGGACAAAAUAUCAGAGGUUAAUAAAAGUGACAAGAAACCAUCAUCCAACAUCAGCACCUCAAAGGCAUUAGAGCAGCCUGUUAGUGAGAAGAAACCUAAAGAAGUGACUCCUGUUCAACAUCCUUAUGCUGAAAUCCGCCUGGCUCAGGAGAGUCAACAGAAGUUUUCUCUGGCAGGUAAUUCCAGGGCAGCAGAUCUUCAAUCAAACACUUAUAAUGUGAUAAUGGUUGGAGACAGCAGUGUGGGCAAAACCUCCUUCAUGAAAAGAGCUCAAAGUGGGAAGUUUUCUUUAGAUUUACCCGCCUCUGUUGGACUUGAUUCCUGCAUGUGGACUGUGGUAGUGGAUGGAAAACAUGUGGUGCUACAGUUGUGGGAUACAGCUGGUCAAGAAAGGUUUCACAGCAUGACAAGGCAAAUUUUCCACAAAGCCAACGCAUUUCUCUUGAUGUACGACAUCACUUCUUCUCAGAGUUUUUCUGCAGUCAGCUACUGGGCAAGCUGUAUCCAGGAAGGGGCUGCAGAAAAUGUGACCAUUUUACUUGUUGGCAAUAAGAGUGAUCUUGCAGAGCGCCAGGUUAAAACUCAGGAGGUGGAAGUUCUUGCAAAGGAAUACAACUUUGAAUUCAUGGAGUGUAGUGCUGCGACAGGUGAAAAUGUGGUUGAGUCUUUGGAAACUGUGGCCAGGAUGUUGAGUCAAAAAGUUGACACAAGAGAGGAAGCAAUGGAGUUACACAAAGAGCCCAACAAGAAAAAAUCAUCAGGAUGUUGCUGAACAAGAUAUGUGUCUGAAAACUCAGAAAAGUGGAGAAAUCUUGAACACUGUGGAGCAUCACCAAUGAUUUCCCGAAUCGAUUCAAUUCUGAUUUACAAGGUCCCGAUUCGAUUACAUUUCCAAUUCGAUAUCAAUUAGGUUAGGGAAAUUUCAAUUACAAUAUGAAUUUUGCAGGACGUAUGCUGUUAAUUUUACAAGCAAGAAGCAACCCUUAAAUAUUUUUUAGAAUGCACCAGGUUACCCCAAAAAAGUUUGCUUAAAGUACUUAACAAGUCAUUGACAUACUGACUACAGCCAGUGAGUAGAGUGACCAUGUUGAAGAACAUUUUUGUAAAACAACUAUAUCAAGAUAAACCAUAAAAAAGCCCUUUCUCUUACAAAUUGACAGUACAUUGGUCUUUACAAUCAAAUGUAGCCCGGAAACAGUUACUGUGAGCCGGCUACAGAGCAUUCUCAGGUUCUUUAUAGUUAAAAACAAAUCCACAAAGAGAAAAUUCUCUAUAUUGUGCGGCUAUCUACACUUUAUGGAAACUAUUAAUGUUACUUUCAUGACACAAAUAUAUAUUCAGUGUGUGUGUAUAUUGACAUUUUGCUGUUGCUGAAUCUUAAAAAUUACCACUUGGAAGUUACAAAACGUGGUACCAAAUUGAUAUUAUCAAGGAUCUACUAAAAUAGUAUUUUUAUACAAUUAUACUUUUUUUCUUAUAGAAUAUUUCAGUGUUAAAGUGUGUGUAAACGUAACGUGUGCAAUAAGCCUUUGAACAAGAGCAUCUUUUCAUUGUUGUAGCUGUUUAGUACAGUGUUAUUCAAUAAUUACAUUGUUUAUGAUUUUGUAUGUCAACCAUCUGUUCUAAAUGAAUGGCAUUGGCACCAUUGCAGUUGUCACACAGCUGCCAGAUAAUCAUAAAUAACAUUUCAUACUUCUGUAAUUAAAGACAACAGCAGUAAAAUAAACAGGCUUUAAAUAUACAUGUAAAUUAUUUUUUUUAUGUUUGUGUAUUGCCCUUUAACUUGUGCUGCCAAAUACCUAUAAUCAAGUUUUAAUGUCAUGCCUCAUGCUUAAUAAACCUCCACAAUGACAACUA